CGAGCCCUAGUGCACACCCCUGUAAAAGCAGGGUAGCUCCCCUAUAAGGCCUUUAUAGGCGUCCCUAGGGGUGGGGUCAGGAGGGAGCUUUUCAUUGGUCGUUAUUUGAUUCUCCGAGAAGUCCAAUGAAAUCUGAGAUUUGGAGUGUUUAUUACGCAGUCUUGUACUGAAAACACAAAUUGCGCGUAGGAGCCAAUGGAAAUGAAAAGUGUUUUGAGGCCUAAUUUGCAUGCGGUGGUUAUAAAGGACUCAGGUCCCUACUUGUUUUUCUACUUAAUUUGACUUCCUGUACUUAACUUUCAAUCAUGCCUGAACCGGCCAAAUCCGCCCCGGCUCCCAAGAAGGGCUCCAAGAAGGCUGUAUCCAAGGCGCAGAAGAAGGACGGCAAGAAGCGCAAGCGCAGCCGCAAGGAGAGCUACUCCAUCUACGUGUACAAGGUGCUGAAGCAGGUGCACCCCGACACGGGCAUCUCGUCCAAGGCCAUGGGCAUCAUGAACUCGUUCGUCAACGACAUCUUCGAGCGCAUCGCGGGCGAGGCGUCGCGCCUGGCGCACUACAACAAGCGCUCGACCAUCACGUCCCGGGAGAUCCAGACGGCCGUGCGCCUGCUGCUGCCCGGGGAGCUGGCCAAGCACGCCGUGUCCGAGGGCACCAAGGCCGUCACCAAGUACACCAGCGCCAAGUGAGGCCCCUGCGUCAAGGCUCUCGCUGGCCCUUUUGCUUUUUCAACGCUGUUGCAGAGUCAGCCGCUCAAAUCAGGAGAGAACUUUGUCCACCUGCGUUAGUUUCUCGUUCUCUUCCAAAGCUACUUUAAGAGUCUCGGAGAGGGCGCCUUUCUGAAGUUUUAAGCCGUUGUGGUUCUGAGUUUCCCCGUGGUUUAGCUGUAGAGCGCCCCGCACCCUCCUCAGUUUCUUGGAGUUACUUGUAAACUGGCUAAUGGUGGGCCUCUGCGCCCGGUGUCUCCGUGCUCCAGGCUGUCCGGGCACCUGUUAUCUAUCCACUUAAAGGGAGAUGGGUGCAUUACUGUGGCGGUUAGAGGGCUCCAGGACACAGCUAAGCCGCCCUGUCCCCUUACCUGGUGUCCUGGGUACCGGCGGUUGCGGGGCUUAGGGCGGUGUCCUCGCCUUCAGCUCACUUACACACAAGAACGGUCCGCGCGGCUCUCCCUCAGGCUUCACAGCCCCUGCUCGUGGUUUGUGAUUUAUCUUUUUCGGUUUCCGCUGCGGUGCCAGGUUACACAAGGAUACUGCUUUUCGCUCCGGGCCCAUGAAGCGAUCUUUCUAACGUACCCACUCAGGAAUUAGCCUUUUCCUUCUUGCCGUGUAUCCCCGAGCAGUUGUCUGGAGCUGUUGCUGGUCAAGCUGGCCUGAUCUCUUCACCCCCAGAGCCCACCACUGCCUCACACAGCAGCACGUGCUUAAACACUGCAGUUGCAGUUAAUUUAGAUAUCACUGCUUUUGUACCUGCUUCCAAGGCUGGGGUGGGGGGCCCCGAAGACCUUGGAACAGAAUGUUUGGAGGAUUCUUUCUCCAAAUUUGUCCUUAGUUAUGGUUACUGUGGCGGCUGUUCUUUCUUGGUUGUCAACCUGACCAAAACCCCUGGGCACAGCUGUGAGGGAUUUUUUUUUUUUUUUCUUCCUUAAAUAAUUUGAAAUGAGAAGAACCACUUUUAAUCUGGAUCUUCUGAGGUGAGAAGACACCUCUAGUCUGGGCCACAGGGUGUAGCUUCUACUAAGGACAGGGAGAAGGAAGUGCCCGCUUGCUCCGGCUGGCAGGUCUGUCUCUUCACUGGCAUUGGGGCCUGUACAUUCGGGAUUCUGGCAUACACUGAAGACCAGCUGAGACUGCCAGCCGUGUGGACUGGGUUCUUGGACCUUCCGUUGGUAGACAGCCAUUGCUGGACCAGCUGAACCUCAGCAUGUAAGACAGAUGUUUAUGAAUAUAUAUUCAUAUAAAUACAUAUAUUUCUAUAAGUUCUGUUCCUUGAGAAUCCUGACUUAAUUGCCUCAGAGCUGGAGGUGUUCAGAGUGUGUGUGUGUGUGUGUGUGUGUGUGUGUUUACCCAGGAACUGGCCAUAGUAGGUCCCUUAAUUUUGCCAAUUCGGAGUAAGCUCUUAGAUUUUCAUAAAAUUGAGAGCAUUGGCCUUUUGGGAUAAAGAGCCUUUUAAUGCCACCACCGCCCUCAUUUCUAAUUUUUCUAUUUCUACUGAGAUGAGCCUUCAUUUUACAAUUGUCCCUGUCAUUUGCAUUUUAGAGAGCUCGGCCAGGCGGGCCAUGGAGCUGAUAGUUGAGUCAGUAGAAGCUUGCGGCUCGGCUGCUGGCUAGGCACCAAGCUUCUCUCUCUCUCUCUCUCUGAAGACAGCUGCCUCGGCUUUCUUUUGGGCAGUGUAACAUACUGAAAUUUUCCUUCUAAGUCUUGACUUUGUUGGUGGAGAUACUUCCUGGUCAGGUCGCUUUUUCGGUUCUGCUUUACGAGUGUCUGGAGCCGGUUCCAGGAGCUUUGUGAAUCCAAAAAGAGCUCGGACAUUAUGAUAGACUGAAUGGAUCCUGCUCACUGUGCGUGCACUUCCAGGCGCUUAGGCGCUGUCAUUAUGAAUAAAAUCACUGAGUAGUUUCAGA